GUGCGAAAUUUCGAGAGGGACGCUUGAGAAACUGAAACUGCAGACGAUAUCUAUGCUUAUAAUUAACACCCUUCAGUAAAGGUUAGAUUGAAGUUCACGGCAAACGGAUCCCAACGUGCACACGGUGUGAAAUAUUUCACCACUAUUUAGAAAAUCUAUAGGACAGAAAGAAAACCAUGUCAACUCAGCCUCUCAUCAGAUCAAAGCAGACCGAGAAAUCAAUCAAUGGAAUAUCCACACAGGUUGUUUGCACAGAAUUCAGUAACUACAUAUUUAUAGUUCUCACACAGUAUGGAAAGAUUGGCUCUUUAGUAUCAAUCACACCUGACUCCAGAUCAGGUGAUAUCAGCACUGCCAUGUUCACCACCAAAGUAUUGCUGGGAAAAGAAGAGGCUUUGACACACGUCUGUGCCAAAAACUUGGCAACAUUUGUGUCACAAGAGGCAGGCAACAGGCCUGUUUUACUGGGGUUGGCACUCAAGGACAGUUCCAUAGAAGCAAUAAAGGCCAUGAAAGAUGUAAUCAAAAGUUGUCAAGUCUGGUAACUACUGGUACAGGGAACGAGCAACAGAAUAGCCUACCUGGAAAGACAAUUUAAGAAAAGGCUUCAUACACUUAACACAUUUUUUCCUCAAUGUUUUUCCAUCCUUUAAAAAUGUAUUUUGUUAUCUGUUGUUACUUCUAAGCAUGAUGUGGUAAUAAAUGGGAAGUUUAUGCAUUAUAAAUGCCUAUGGAAUUUUGGGGAUUGAGUGGGAGCCAAUGGCCACAAACUGAUUCUGUUUGAGACAACCAUCUCGAUUUUAAAGCCACACUCUGAAUACUGUUAGUGCACAACUAACACAAAUAUAAAUAAAGGAGCAAAUGCAUCUCAUUCCCAUGAAAUUCCCAUGCAAAAUAGCAUUUGAUUGAUUGUUAUGAUAUAAAAGUUUGGGGUCACUUAGAAAUGUCCUUGUUUUUGAAAGAAGAAAAAAAGUGUCCAAUAAAAUUGAUCAGAAAUACAGUAUAGACAUUGUUAAUGUUGUAAAUUACUAUUGUAGCUGGAAAUGUCAGAUUUAUUAUGGUGUACAGAGGCCUGUUAUCAGCAACCAUCACUCCUGUGUUCCAAUGGCAUGUUGUGUUAGCUAAUCCAAGUUUAUCCUUUUAAAAGGAUAAUUGAUCAUUAGAAAACCGUUUUGCAAUUAUGUUAGCACAGCUGAAAACUGUUGUGCUUAUCAAACAUGCAAUAAAACUGACCUUUAGACUAGUUGAGUAUCUGGAGCAUCA